AUGUAUGACAAAGUCCAGCAGUCUAUUUUGAAGAAAAUAGAGAGAGAAAACAAUAUCAUUUUGGGUUCUUCUAAUUUGAAGAAAAAAACUGAUAACCCUAUGGUUAUACAGAAAUGUAAUACUAAUAUUAGAGAGGCAAGACAAAAUAUUGAAUAUUUAGAAGAACAAUUACGGAAAUUACAGCUUAACUCAAUUCAAAAAUCACAAUCAAAUAAUGAAAGUUCACAAAAUAAUGAAUAUGGUCAAUUGACAACAAAAUCUCCUGAUGAACACAUUUUUUCAAGACUGGACUUGGUUAAGUAUGAUUGUCCAUCGAUGUCUCAAAGAAUUCAGUACUUACUACAGCAACUAGAAUUUAAAUUACAGGUAGAAAGGCAAUAUCAAGAAGCAAAUGCAAAAUUAACAAAAUUGUAUCAAAUAGAUGGUGAUACGAGAAGUAGUUCUGCUGCUGAAGGUGGUGCAAUGGAGUCUAAAAGUAGAAUUCAAUUGUUAACCAAAGCUUUAAAGAAAUAUCAAGCUAUUAAUGUUGAUUUAGAUCAGUUUAGAAAUCAAGAUUCGGAUGCAAUGAACAAUACGCAACCAAAAUUUAGAAGGAAGCAGUUAUCAGGUACUUUGCUUAUUGGUAUCUCUACGGUAAGAGAUGUUGAUCAUAUACAAUCGCCAAUGUUCUCAAGAAAACCUGAAAGUUAUAUUGUUAUUAAAAUUGAUGAUGUAAUUAAAGCAAGAUCAAAAGCUUCAAGAAAUGAUAGAUGGUCAGAAGAAUUUCAUAUUCCUGUUGAUAAAGGUAAUGAAGUAGAAAUCAUUGUUUAUGACAAGGUCAAUGAUUCAACAGUACCUGUUGCAGUAAUGUGGUUUUUGUUGGCUGAUGUUGCAGAAGAAAUUCGUAAAAAGAAAGUUGGUCAAACUUCUGGUCAACAGGGUUGGGUUAAUGCUUCAAGAGUUAUGAGCACUUCUCCAGCAACUCAAUUAAACGAUACUGGAUAUAUGUCUAAUUCAACACCCACCGCCAGAGGUAUUGAAGCUGGUAUGAAUCCAGGACCAGUAAUCAAUUCUCCAGAUUCCCUAUCUUCCAAUAAUGCUAUCACUUGUAAUUCUUGGUUUAUUUUGGAACCAACCGGUCAAAUUUUGUUAACCCUAGGUUUUGAUAAAUCAACAGCACCACAAAAGACAAAUCUUGUUGGUGGUUUACACCGUCAUGGUGCUAUUAUUAAUAGAAAAGAGGAAGUGUUCGAACAACACGGGCAUCAUUUCGUUCAAAAGUCAUUCUACAAUAUCAUGUGUUGUGCAUACUGUGGUGAUUUUCUAAGGUAUUCUGGUUUCCAAUGUCAAGAUUGUAAAUUUUUAUGUCAUAAGAAAUGUUACACUGAUGUUGUUACCAAAUGUAUUGCAAAAUCGACUGUUGAAAGUGACUCUGAUGAAGCUAAACUAAAUCACCAUAUUCCACACAGGUUUGAACCUGCACCUAACAGAGGUACAAAAUGGUGUUGCCAUUGUGGUUAUAUUUUGCCAUGGGGUAGACAAAAAGUCCGUAGAUGUACAGAAUGUGGAAUUAUGUGUCACUCACAAUGUGCUCAUUUGGUGCCAGAUUUUUGUGGUAUGAGUAUGGAAAUGGCUAAUACUAUUUUAAAAACCAUUCAAGAUACCAAACGAAACCAGGAAAAACGCAGGAAAAUUCCUCCAUCUUUGAAGACUGAUAAAUCUUCCUCAAGUACCAGUUUUGCCGAAUUAUCUGGUAGACCUACACCAAUUAGUCGAAACAAUACAGACUUCCAGCAAUCAUAUCCAAUUCAGCAACUUCCAUUUGAAACUCAACAGAAAGGUUACCGUUCUAAAUCAGAAAGAAUCGAGGAAAUAUACAGUCCUACAGUUACCCAUCCUAAUAAAUCUCUUCCAGAAGAGCGUGUUUCAAGGCAUGAAGAUUUGAGUAAUAUAAUUGAGAAGAAUGAUGUUUAUAAUAGCUUCACUGCAGAUGCAGGUAUCAAUAUUUCACCUGGAAAGGAAUCUAAUCGUGUAUUUGAAAAUGAUGUACAAGUUGAAAUUCCUGAAGAACGUUAUUUCAAUGAAGAGAUUGAAGAUGAUAGCACUGACGUAAAAUUACAAGAAGAAAAUGCAUUAUGGAAAGAGGAGCGCAGUCACCUAGAAGAAGAGUUAAGGGAAAGUUCUAAACGUUAUAGUGUUAUGAAUAUUCCCGAACCAACUGAAGAGAGUUUCAUUCCAGAGGAGUAUAUACCAGAGGCACAAAUUGAUAUUGAAAUUUCAAAUGAGGAACCAAGCGUUCUAGUUGAGAAAACAAUAUCUAAACAGUCAUCUGUUAAUCCAUUCAGGGAAAUGAAUAAAGACACUUUUGUCAAAGAGCAAGAAGUCACUGUGGAAUCAAUUACACAAGAAUUAAAAUCCAUUUCCAAUACACCAGUGAGGAACAGUGUCCAUGGGUCGCCACAAAAGUCACACACUAGUGGGAAACAUAGAAAGAAAUCUCCAAAACGUCGUAAGGUGUCAUUGGAUGAUUUUAUUUUGAUGAAAGUGUUAGGUAAAGGUAACUUUGGUAAGGUUUUACUGUCAAAAUCUAAGAAUACAGGAAGAAUUUGUGCUAUUAAGGUUCUAAAGAAGGAUCAUAUUAUUCAAAAUCAUGAUAUUGAAAGUGCCAGAGCGGAAAAGAAAGUUUUCCUACUUGCAACAAAGGCUAAACAUCCUUUCUUGACAAACCUAUAUUGUUCCUUCCAAACUGAAAAUCGUAUCUACUUUGCUAUGGAGUUUAUUGGUGGUGGUGAUUUGAUGUGGCAUGUUCAAAACCAGAGAUUAUCAGUAAGAAGGGCCAAAUUCUAUUCUGCAGAAGUUUUGCUUGCAUUGAAAUAUUUCCAUGAUAAUGGUGUUAUAUAUCGUGAUCUAAAGCUAGAAAAUAUACUGUUAACUCCUGAAGGUCAUAUUAAAAUUGCCGAUUAUGGUUUAUGUAAAGACGAUAUGUGGUACGGCAAUAGAACAUCGACGUUCUGUGGUACUCCUGAAUUUAUGGCACCAGAAAUUUUGAAAGAGCAAGAAUAUACUAAAGCGGUAGAUUGGUGGGCAUUUGGUGUUCUAUUAUAUCAAAUGUUAUUAUGUCAGUCGCCAUUUUCAGGUGAUGAUGAAGAUGAAGUAUUUAAUGCUAUUUUGACGGAUGAGCCACUUUACCCUAUUGAUAUGGCAGGUGACAUAGUUCAAAUUUUCCAGGGUUUAUUAACAAAAGAUCCUGAGAAACGUUUAGGAGCGGGUCCUCGUGAUGCCCUAGAAGUUAUGGGAGAACCAUUCUUCCGUAAUAUUAAUUUUGAUGAUGUAUUGAAUUUACGCGUACAACCACCAUAUAUUCCAAAAAUCAGUUCACCUGAAGAUACCUCAUAUUUCGAGCAAGAGUUCACGUCAGCACCACCAACGUUAACACCGUUACCAUCCGUAUUAACAACAAAUCAACAAGAAGAAUUCCGUGGUUUUUCAUUUAUGCCAGAAGAUUUGGAAUUAUAG